GGCAGGCCCCGCCCGCUCCUGGCGGCUCCGCGCGCCCCAGGUGAGGCGGGGCGGGCGCUCGGCGGGGCUGAGGCGAGGCUCGGGAGUCGCGCCGCGAGCCCGGCGCCAUGGCGGAGCUGGAGAGCCCGGAGUUCGGGAAGGCGGACUUCGUGCUGCUGGACUCGGUCUCCAUGCCUGAGUUCAUGGCCAACCUGCGGCUGCGGUUUGAUAAGGGACGGAUCUACACAUUUAUUGGUGAAGUGGUGGUUUCUGUGAACCCUUACAAAAACUUGAACAUUUAUGGUCGUGACAUGAUUGAGCAGUACAAAGGACGGGAGUUAUAUGAGAGGCCCCCUCAUCUCUUUGCAAUUGCUGACGCUGCUUACAAGGCCAUGAAGAGACGAUCAAAAGAUACCUGCAUUGUAAUAUCAGGUGAGAGUGGGGCUGGGAAAACUGAGGCCAGUAAAUACAUUAUGCAGUACAUAGCAGCCAUCACCAAUCCUAGUCAGAGAGCAGAGGUUGAAAGAGUGAAGAACAUGUUGUUGAAAUCCAACUGUGUGUUAGAGGCCUUCGGCAAUGCCAAAACCAACCGUAACGACAACUCCAGCAGAUUUGGAAAAUACAUGGAUAUCAACUUUGAUUUCAAAGGAGACCCGAUAGGUGGACAUAUCAAUAAUUACUUGCUUGAAAAGUCCCGAGUGAUUGUGCAGCAGCCAGGAGAACGAAGCUUUCACUCUUUUUAUCAGCUUCUCCAGGGAGGUUCUGAUCAGAUACUACGCUCCCUACAUCUUCAGAAAAAUUUCUCUGCAUACAACUAUAUCCGGGCCGGAGGGCAGUUAAAGUGUUCCAUCAAUGAUGGUGCAGAGUUCAAAGCAGUGGCAGAUGCUAUGAAAGUGAUAGGCUUCAAACCAGAGGAGGUUCAAACUGUCUACAAAAUUUUGGCUUCCAUUCUUCACUUGGGGAAUUUGAAGUUUUCAGUGGAUGGCGACACGCCUGUGAUUGAAAAUGGCAAGGUUGUGUCGGUCAUUGCAGACUUGCUGUCAACAAAGUCUGACAUGGUGGAGAAGGCCCUGCUUUUUCGAACUGUAGCUACAGGCCGGGAUAUCAUUGACAAGCAGCACACAGAGCAGGAAGCCACCUAUGGUAGAGAUGCUUUUGCAAAGGCUAUAUAUGAGCGCCUUUUCUGUUGGAUUGUCACACAUAUCAAUGACAUCAUUGAGGUGAAGAACUAUGACACCACAAUCCAUGGGAAAAACACAGUCAUUGGAGUCCUGGAUAUCUAUGGCUUUGAGAUCUUCGACAACAACAGUUUUGAACAGUUCUGCAUUAAUUACUGCAAUGAAAAGCUGCAGCAGCUUUUUAUUCAGCUAGUUCUAAAGCAAGAACAGGAGGAGUACCAGCGAGAGGGGAUUCCCUGGAAUCAUAUUGAUUAUUUCAACAACCAAAUCAUUGUGGAUCUGGUGGAACAGCAGCACAAAGGGAUCAUUGCCAUUCUGGAUGAUGCCUGCAUGAAUGUUGGAAAAGUCACCGAUGAGAUGUUCCUUGAAGCACUGAAUAACAAACUGGGGAAACAUGCUCAUUUCUCCAGCAGAAAGCUUUGUGCGACAGACAAGAUCCUGGAAUUUGAUAGAGACUUUCGGAUUAAGCACUACGCAGGAGACGUUAUAUAUUCAGUCACAGGAUUUAUUGACAAAAACAAGGACACUUUAUUCCAAGACUUCAAACGCCUAAUGUAUAACAGCUCCAAUCCUGUGUUGAAGAUGAUGUGGCCUGAAGGUAAAUUGAGUAUCACAGAAGUGACCAAGCGACCCUUGACUGCUGCUACCCUUUUUAAGAACUCCAUGAUUGCACUAGUAGACAACCUGGCAUCUAAGGAGCCAUAUUAUGUCCGAUGCAUUAAGCCCAAUGAAAAAAAAUCAUCACAGCUGUUUGAUGAAGAACGUUGCAGGCAUCAAGUGGAAUACCUUGGACUUCUGGAGAACGUCAGGGUUCGACGGGCAGGAUUUGCCUACCGCCAAACAUAUGAAAAGUUUCUUCACAGGUACAAGAUGGUCUCAGAAUUUACUUGGCCAAACCAUGACCUUUCUUCAGACAAAGAAGCUGUGAAGAAAUUGAUUGAGUGCUGUGGGUUUCAGCAUGAUGUAGCCUAUGGGAAGACCAAGAUUUUCAUACGGACUCCACGGACGCUCUUCACCUUGGAGGAUCUGCAUGCCAAGAUGCUUGUUAGAAUUGUCCUCUUCCUACAGAAGGUCUGGAGGGGCACACUAGCCCGCCUUCGGUAUAAGAGGACAAAGGCUGCCCUCACAAUAAUUAAGUGCUACCGCCACUACAAGGUGAAGUCCUACAUCCGUGAGGUCACCCGGCGCUUCCAAAGCGUGAGGUCCAUGCGGGAUUAUGGAAAGCAUGUGAAGUGGCCCAGCCCUCCAAAAGUGCUGCGCCGUUUCGAAGAAGCACUGCAGGCAAUUUAUCACAGGUGGAGAGCAAAUGUGCUUAUCAAGAGCAUCCCACCAGAAGAUCUGCCUCAGCUCAGAGCUAAGGUUGCUGCCAUGGAAUUGUUGAAGGGUCACAGAGCAGAUAUUGGGCUACAAAGAGCCUGGGAGGGUAACUAUAUUGCAUCGAAACCAGAUAACCCUCAGACCACAGGCUCUUUCAUCCUUAUUGCCAAUGAGUUGAAGAGGAAGGACAAGUACAUGAAUGUGCUCUUCUCAUGUCACGUCCGCAAGGUCAUGCUUUCUAGACCUUUAAUCAUUUUUGUUGCUCUUCUCUGGACUUUCUCCAAUUUGUCCACAUCUUUCCUGAAAUGUGGUGCUCAGAACUGGACACAAGACUCCCAGUUGAGGCCUAAUCAGCGUGGAGUAGAGCGGAAGAACUACUUCUCGUGUCUUGCUUACAACGUUCCUGCUAAUACAUCCCAGAAUGAUGUUCGCUUUUUUUGCAACAGUGGGGUGGAAGUUGUUGAAAUCCAGGUGGAAUUCUUCAAGGGCCUCCUUCCUGUGGGUCCAUAUGAUGAAGAUGUCAUCAGUGUAAUGCAAGUAGAGGAGGGGUGCUAGGGGACGAGAGCUGAGGAAGCGUUCUAAGUCAGCCAUAAAAAUGUUGGCAUACUGUGGGGCCAUGCGGGUACCCAUAGCAGCGCCACUGACUUGAAGGUAUAAGUUGUCCCCAAAUCUGAAAUGGUUGUGGGUGAGGACAAAGUCACAAAGCUCAGCCACCAGGUGUGCCGUGGCCUCAUCAGGGAUACUGUUUCUGACAGCUUAUAGUCCAUCCUCAUGUGGAAUAUUGGUGUAAAGAGCUUCUACAUUCAUGGUGGCCAGGAUGGUGUUUUCAAUGCAUCACCAACGCAUUGUAGCUUCCUCAGGAAGUCGGUGGUGUAUCGAAGAUAACUAGGAGUGCUGGUAGCGUAGGGUCUGAGGAGAGAGUCCAAAUAGCCAGAUAAUCCUGCUGUAAGAGUGCUGAUGCCUGAGAUGGUGGGGCAUCCAGGGUUUCCAGGUUUAUGGAUCUUGGGUAGCAGAUAGAAUACCCCUGGUUGGGGCUCUGGGGGUGUGUCUGUGUAGAUUUGUUCCCGUGCUGUAGCAGGGAGUUUCUUGAGCAGCUGGUGUAGAUUCUUUUGGUACUCCUCAGUGGUACUCCUCCCUUCUCUUCAGGUGUUAGUAUAAUAAUGCCUGCAUCUGUAAUUUUCACUCCAUGCAUCCGAUGAAGUGGGUUCAAGCCCACGAAAGCUUAUGCCCAAAUAAAUCUGUUAGUCUUUAAGGUGCCACCGGACUUCUUGUUGUUUUUGUGGAUACAGACUAACACGGCUACCCCGUAAAAUUUAAUUAACACUUUUUUUUUUUUAAACAAGCGUCAUCAGCAUGGAAGCAUGUCCUCUAGAAUGGUGGCCAAAGCAUGAAGGGGCAUAUGAAUGUUUAGCAUAUCUGGCACGUAAAUAUCUUGCAACACCGGCUACAAAGUGCCAUGUGAAUGCCUGUUCUCACUUUCAGGUGACGGUGUAAAUAAGCAAGCAGCAGUAUCUCCCAUAAAUGUAAACAAACUUCUUUGUCUUAGUGAUUGGCUGAACGAGUAGUUGGACCGAGUGCACUUUAGAGCCUGCAAGUUUUACAUUGUUUUGUUUUUGAGUGUAGUUAUGUAUUUUUGUACAUAAUUCUACAUUUAUAAGUCACAUUUUCAUGAUAAAGAGAUUGCACUACAGUACUUGUAUGAGGUGAACUGAAAAAUACUAUUUCUUUAUCAUUUUUACAGUGCAAAUAUUUGUAAUAAAAAAUAAUAUAAAGUGAGCACUAUACACUUUCGUGAGCUACAGCUCACUUCAUCGGAUGCACACGAAAGCUUAUGCUCAAAAUAAAUUUGUUAGUCUCCAAGGUGCCACAAGUCCUCCUUUCUUUUUGCGGAUACAGACUAACACGGCUGCUACUAUACACUUUGUAUUCUGUGUUGUAAUAGAAAUCAGUAUAUUUGAAAAUGUAGAAAAACAUCGAAAAAUAUUUAAUACAUUUCAAUUGGUAUUCUGUUGUUUAACGGUGCAAUUAAUUGCAAUUACUUUUUUUAAUAGUGAUUUUUAUUAAUUGCUUGAGUUAACUGCAGUUAAUCAACAGCCCUAGUUUAUAUUCAUCCUUUGUAAUUUGACCUAGUUUCUAAUUUUUGUAGGACUCUUUUUUGAGUUUCAGAUCAUUGAAGAUCUCCUGGUUAAACCAGGGUGGUCGCUUGCCAUACUUCCUUUGUUCUUGCACCCUUAAUAAUGUCUCUUUGAAAAACUGCCAACUGUCUUCAAUUGUUUUUCCACUUAGACUUGCUUCCCAUGAGUUCUUACUUACCAACUCCGAGUUUGCUGAAGUCUGCCGUCUUGAAAUCUUUUGUCUUUAUUUUGCUGUUCUCCCUCCUACCAUUCCUUAAAAUCAUGAAUUCUACCAUUUCAUGAUCACUUUCACCCAAAGGAUGGUUGUGUUGAUCUGUGUCUAGGGAAUUGUGCUGGAAGAGUUGUCUAGAUAGCAAAUAAGUGUGAGCUGAAGUCAGGGGCUGUGUGUGUUUGGGGUUAUUGUGUAUGUUGGUUGUGGUGUUUGGAUCAUUUUGUGUGUGCGCCUGCAGGGUUGUGCUGGGGGAUUGUUGUUUUGUGUAGGUGACGGGCCAAUUAAUCCAUCAUCUGUGUAGUCUCCUUUAUAAAAUCAAUUAAAUUGUUGCAUGCAAAUUAGGUGUAGAGUAAGAGUGGUGAUUUGUUAUUAUCUCUGAUAUAAUGGUCUAGGACUCUUCGAAUGGCAGAGGUACAUGCUUUACUGUAGCUGUACACUGCACAUGUAAUUGAUAAAGUCAAAAAGGCUGAACUUAAAAAUUUGGUGGUAACAGACCACAAAACCCAGUGAUGAUUGAACCUAGUGGUAUACUGAACACAGAGUCCCCAGCCAUGCUAGUAGCUGUUUCCAUCGCAUCAUGCUGACUCAGCAGUCAUUCUAGGCUUCAGAAUAACAAUCUUGAAAUCAUAUUAAGUAGAUGAAGGUCCCAGUCCAGCAAACACUUAGAUUCAUAGAUUCCAAGGCCAGAGGAAUCACUGUGGUCUUCUAGUCUGACCUUCGGUAUAACACAGGGCCAGGAACUUCCCCAAUAUAAUUUCUAGAGCAGAUCUUUAAGAAAAACAUCCAAUCUUAAUUUAAAAACUGUCAGUGAGAGAAUCUACCAUGACCCUUCAUAAGUUGUUCCAAUGGUUAAUUACUCUCACGAUGAAAAUUUUACUCCUUAUUUCCAGUCUGAAUUUGUCCAGCUUCAACUUCCAGCCGUUGGACCAUGUUAUUACCUUUGUCUGCUAGAUUCAGGAGCCCCAUAACCUUCUCUUUGUUAAGCUAAAUAGAUUGAGCUCCUGGAGUUUGUCACAAUUAAGGCAUGUUUUCAAAUUCUUAAUCGUUCUUAUGGCUCUUCUCUGAACCCUUUCCAGUUUAUCAUCAUCCUUCUUGAAUUGUGGACACAGAACUGGAGGUAGUAUUCCAGCAGUGGUCACACUACUGCCAAAUACAGAGGUAAAAUAACCUCUCUGUUCCUACUGGAGGUUCCCCUGUUUAUGUAUCUAAGGAUCGCAUUCGCCCCUUAGGCCACAGGGUCGCACUGGAACAUCAUUAUCCACCAUGACCCCCAAAUCUUUUUAGCGUCACCCUUCCUAGGAUAGAGUCCCCAUCGUUGAAGUAUGGCCUACGUUCUUUAUUCCUACAUGUAUACAUUCACAUUUACCCAUAUUAAAAUGCAUACUGUUUGCGGGAACCCAGUUUACCAGGUGAUCCAGAUCGCUCUUGUCCUCUUCAUUAUUUACCACUUCCCCCAACUUUUUUCAUCUGCAAACUUUGUCAAUGAUGAUUUUGUGUUCUUUCUGAUCAUUGAUAGAAAUGUGAAAUAGCACAGGGCCAAGAACUGAACCCUGCCCUAUGCUAUUUCAAGCCAAGAACUGAACCCACUAGAAACACACCCACUCAGUGGCGAUUCCCUGUUUACAAUUACAUUUUGAGACCUAUCAGCCAUUUUUUAAUCCAUUUAACUUAAGCAGUUAUGUAAGUUUACUCAGAAGACUAAUCAAUGGGACUACUUAUGUUCUUGAAGUUAAGCUUACAUAUAAAUGUUUGCAGCAUCAGAUGCUAAACUUGUAUUUUUAUUUAAAACUUUAGUGAUAUAAAAUGUCACUUCAAAACAACAUUUUUCAGUGCUAGCCAUGAAAGUUAUUUAGACUUUCAAUUCAGUAAUAAAGUUAUUGUGAUCUUUCUUAUACACAUAGAUCAAAAUUUUCAAAAACAGAGGUGCCUAUAGGCGCCGACUCCGUGGGUGCUCUGGGGCUGGCGCACCCAUGGAAAAAAAAUAGGGGGUGCUCAGCACCCACUGCGAUGACCAGCUGUUGGCAGCCAGGGAUUAACUGUUUUGCGGGAGCCUCCGCAGAUGAGCUGUUUCCUAUGGGUAGCCUGUACGCAGCUGCGAUCACCUGUUUGCCGGGUAGGCUCAGAUCAACUGUUUCCUGCCUCCCUGCUCCAGCAGGGGCUGAGUGAGUCUCACCAAAAAAAAAAAAAAAAAAAAGCCUUAGGGUUGGCGUGGGCGGGAGUGCUGGGCUAUCAGCAGCAGCACAGCCAGCCCCUGCUCACUUAGGGCUGCCCCACACCUCUUGGGCUGAUGGCCACGUGUAUGGUUGCUCCCUGCCAGCCAAGCUCGACUCCGGCCACAGCAGGCAUCAGGUGACCCAAGGGAGCCCAGCCAGGCUAGGGCUGGGUGUAGUGAAGGAUUAGGGGGAGGAGAAACCCUGGACCCUGGCAGGAGCUGCGCUGGAGGUGGGUUGAGAGGAGAAGCCCCAGACCCCGGCAGGAGCCACGCUGGGCAGGCGUGCGGGGAGGAGAAGUUCCAGACCCCAGCAGGAGCCGCCCGGGGGUGGGGGGAGGAGAAGCCCCAGACCCUGGCAGAAGAUGUGGGGCUGAAGUCCCCAGCUCGGGAGCCCCAGCCACCCAAGUGGCAGAAGCUGCAGGGCUGAAGCCCCGACCCCACUCUGUGCAGAGCUGGUCUGAGCCCCUCUCUCUCCUGUCCCCCCUGUGCGGAGCUAGCUUUCACGCUCAGGGUGUGGAGAAAUUCAGUCCAAAUCUACCCACACUGGUAUCUCCAUUUCCCCUAUCAUCACACAGGGGCCUUGGGGAAGGGGGCGGAGCUGGGAUGGGGCACCCACCAGCAAAACCCAAAGUCAGCACGUGUGGAGGUGCCUAUAGUUAGGCUCCUAAGGAUGGGAUUUUAAAAAGUAGCUCAACUCCCAUUGAGUUCCAACUGCAGACCCUAAUGAAGGAUUAUAGCCUGGUUGAAGCAUUUCAGCUUUCCUGGCAUGUGGAAAUUUGUUCAGUAUAUUGACAGAUGGUAUUAGUUGCAGAUACAACGCAGGGUAUUUAUUUAUCAAUGAUGUGUUUGGGUUUGUGUUGAUCUCUCAGUAAGGUAGUUAAUGAGGCCCUGGACUUGUUUUUUUACAGCAAAGCUAAGGCUCUUUAUUUUCGGUUUUUACCCAAAACAAUUCCCAGCCUUUACAAAAGCUAAUGCUAAUUUUACUAGCUUUACUAAUUUUCACCUGAAUUUUGGAUCAUUCAUGUAUAUGAAAAUUCUCCUUGUGUUCAGCAAAUCCAAUCUACUACAUUAAUGGAUGUGUGGUUGUUAAUAAUAAAGUAGUCUAAGUGUAAAUGCAAGUCUGUCAAAGUAAUGUAGUGGACGAUACACGCACACACACGUGUGUGUGCAUUUGUAUACGUACUGUUAAUGUAUAGUUAAUUUUUUGUACUUCCUGUCCCAUAAUAUUAACCCUGAUAUUUACCCAGAAAACUGUGAAGUUUAAUUUUUUUCACUGAUUUUCACCCAUUUUUAAUCUUAAUUACAACACUGAUAAAUUCCCAGGAAAUUUUAAACAAAAUAAAAACAGAAAUGAGGGGUCUUGAACGUAGCUGAGCACUUUAAAUCUGAAAUUUCCUAAUAGACAAAAAUCUCUGUAAAAUCCGAAACUCUCCUAACAAUUAGGAAACUAAACAAGUCCAAAACACCCACAUUAGUAAUUUAAGACUAUAAAUGGGAAAAAGUACAAAACUAGUCACAUCUCAUUUAAGUUUAAAAAUCUAUUUAAUUUUAAAAAUGUCUUGUAUCCACCCCACAUCUUGAGGUGGGGGGUAUGUGUGUCAGUGGGAUGUUCUGCUAGCUAAGUGAUCUGAUUGGCUGAAAUUUUUUGUGGUGUGUGCCAGCUCAGUUGUUUGGGGGUUCUCUGAAUCUCUGAACCGCCUUCUAGUAUCUUGUAGCAGUGAAGUCCUUCCUACUUUUCCUUAUGCCAAGGGCACUGUAUGACCACUUUGCUCCUGGCUUUUAUUUUUCUGAUUGUGUUGAAAACAAAAGAAUAGAAAUAUUAUAUUGUUGGAAAAAGAAAAGGAGUACUAGUGGCACCUUAGAGACUAACCAAUUUAUUUGAGCAUAAGCUUUCGUGAGGUACAGCUCACUUCAUUAGAUGCAUU